GUGCCGCCAUGGGACUGUCAGUGGCGGGAGACGGGCCUUCGUAGAUUUAACGCUGCGAAGGACACCGUCGAUUCAGCCAAAGGCAUCGCGAAGACUAUGCUAAUUGACCGGUUACAAAGCUUAAUUGCGGUGCUUAUCACAUUAAUUGGCGUUUUGCUUGCAAAUUCGGCUUCAGAACCUAUAUUACCCACGGAUUGGUCGAACGAAACGCAUCGUCAGAGCAACAACAAAAGUCUGAACAAAAACUCUCAAGACUGGUUAGGUGGAGAAGAGACGUCGAUAGAAGAAGAGGUAGCCGACCACCAUUGGCUGUCUAGUCGUAAGAGCCAAGAAUAUUUAAUCGCUGUCGGUGGUCAGGAAGACUGUUGUCCGUCACAGAUGGAAAUGAUCGAACCAAACGGUGGAAGUAACCCAGACGGGCUGUACGUCGAGCUUUUCAGGGGACAUCAUCCAGACGAACUAUCUAGGACUGUAUCGGAAAAUUUAGGAAUUUCUUAUGAUCGGUAA